GCUUGUCCAAACUUGGCACUGCCGUCUCUUUGAUGUACUGCAUGAAGCGAAUUGGUGAGGGGGUGCAAGAUAAUUGUUGUCAGUAUGGACCCCCAUCACCCGCACUUGAUCGGUGAUUGCCUCAUUCAUAUUUUUACAUUUCUAACCGAGGAAGAUUUAAUCACUGCCUCAAGUGUCUGUAAGGACUGGCAUGAAGCUGCAGACUCUCCUUGGUUAUGGAGGAGGCUGUGUCUGCAGCGGUGGAGUUUCUGUAAUCUUUCUGUAUUGGGGAGUGACCAUGUGAAUCAAUCAUGGAAGAGAUACUUCCUGCGACGUUGCUACUUAGAGAUGAAGAUGGCGAAAGGGCGAUCAGGUGGUUACACCUGCAAAAGCCUCAGAGGACACACAGGCAGGGUGGUAGGGUUGGUAUACCUGCAGGAGAAUCCAGCCCAGCAUCCUGACCUCUGGAACAGCAGUGCCACAGUCUGCAGUGCUUCUACUGAUGGUACAGUUCGAGCAUGGAACAUCCAGAAUGGCGAGCUUCUGUGGUGCAGUCCUGAACAGAGUCCUUUGACAGAGAUUGUAAGCGAUGAACAGCGUAACGUUGUGAUCACAGCAGACUCCACAGGACUCAUUAAGACCUGGCAGGGCCAGACUGGCCAGGAGGUGGCUUCAUUUUCAGCUGGAUCUCCACACUGUACAUUGCUCCAGUACAAUAUCAACAAUGAUUGGUUUCUCACUGUUGGAACCAGUCAAGGAUCUGUGUGUACACUAGCUGAUUUAACUUUGACUAAGAGGUCCAGCAUAAGAGUGUGUGACACCUUUAAAGUCAACAUACUCUUAGUUUCACCUGGCAAGAAAUGGAUCACAGCUGGAACCAAGGACAAUGAUGAUUUAAGUCCAAAGGUGAUUUACGCUGAGAGUUUGACCUCUCCGUCUGAGGACGAAGAUCCUCUGUGCCAGUCUCUGCCAGUCACUGGGUGCCAGGCUGCUGUCUUCAUACCCACCCAGCCUGCCAGACUGGCCAUCAUCCACCACAACGAGCGCUCAAACAAAGCCCUCACUGUCUUUGAUGUCAGCAUUAAAAAGACCAAGUACAAGUCAGAGAUCCAAGUCCAGCAGGUGGAGUCCUUUCCCUUGACACUGAACACCUGGUCCUCACACAUCCUUUUGGAGGCCAAGGAUAGCAACUGCUUAGCGCUGGCAGCUGGCCAGGAGCUAUGGGUCUACACUCUGAAAGGAACCCUAUUGGCUAGCUUUAAAGAGCAUACUAUGCCUAUCUCGUCCCUGUGUUUGGAUAGCUUUCGUGUGGUGACAGCAUCUCAGGACCUCUCCUUACGAGUGCUGACAUGGAAAAACGACAGAGACAAUGGGUUGACUCUAGAGAGCAGAUACCACUUACUGGGAGGUUCUCACACAAUGUCCAGAGGGUUCACUCACGUUGCCUGUGACUACUCCAGCAUUGUGGCCUCAGUGGAAGGGAAAGAUGGGAAAGAUGUCUUAAAAGCUUAUUUUUUCACAUCGUGAGCACCAGUGCCUCACAAAAAAAGUGCCUGCACGCAGUUUACACAACCCACAUUGCUUUCAUUAUGAAUUGCUCGUCAUAUACCGUGUGCUUACAUUAUAAUAUUCUUUGGUAGAUUUGUGUUUACAAAAAAGAGAAAGUAACAUAAUACAGGUAAGAAACACUAUGUUAUGGGAAAGGCAAUGAUACACUGUGUCAUACAACAUGCUUGUUAAGAAAAUGUUCCAUAGCUGAGGUAUGUGAGUGCUGAAUGUGACCAGGCUUAAGGCAUAAAGUAUUGCAAAAAUGAUUCUGAUCACCUGUUCCCCUAUAUGUUGCCGCCGCUCAUUACUGAGGUAAAAUAAUACUGAGGCAAGUUAGUUUUGUAUUAGUUGAAAUAAACUACGUACCAUCAAU